GGAUAAGAAGAGGACAACUUAUUUAUCGACGGCGAGAGGCUGCACUGCCACCGCCACUGGACGUGCGCUCCCUCCACGCUCCGGCCCUUCUCGCCUCUCCGGCCAUGGCCACCGCCGCCGCCGCCGUCACGGCCACCUUCCGCACCCUGAUCCAGCACGCAGCGGCUUGUGGCGCCCCCGUCCCGCUCCCCAGCGUCCGGUUCCAGAGCCUGCAGCGCCACCGCGUCGGCCUCCGCCGCUUCGCGCCACCGCGUGGGCGCCCCGUCCUACCCCCGCCCUUCGCCGCCGAGGACUUCUCUUCCUACGUAGAUGAUUUCUCCGGGGACGACGGCGAGGAGCACUUCGAUGAGGAAGAGGGCUCUGAGCCGGAGGAGGAAGCCGAGGCCCCGCGCGCGUACUCGUCGCCACGAAGCCGCCCGCCGCGCGGCGACGACCCCGGCCGUCUCUUCGUCGGCAACCUUCCCUACACCUAUACCUCCGAGGAGCUCGCCCAGGUGUUCUCUGAGGCCGGCAGGGUCGACGACGCGCAGAUAAUCUACGACAAGGUCACCAACAGGAGCCGGGGCUUCGCCUUCGUCACCAUGGCCACCGCCGAGGAGGCCGCCAAGGCCAUCCAGAUGUUCGAUGGCGCCCUGCUGGGAGGGAGGACGGCUAGGGUGAACUACCCGGAGGUGCCGCGUGGCGGGGAGAGGAGAACAGUCACCAUGAGUGGCCGCAGGCGUGACGAUGGCACUUACAAGAUUUAUGCCGGCAACCUGGGGUGGGGGGUGCGUGCCGACACGUUGAGGAACGUGUUCGAGGGUAGGGCCGGCUUGCUCGACGCCAGGGUCAUCUUUGAGCGUGAGACUGGUCGCUCCAGAGGGUUUGGGUUCGUCUCCUUCAGCACCGCAGAGGAUGCACAGGCUGCAUUGGAGUCUUUGGAUGGAGUGGAGCUGGAAGGGAGGUCGCUUCGUCUUAGUCUGGCAGAACAGAACCCGCCACCUGGUUCCCCGCCUAGCACUGCGCAGGCACAGCAGGAAGAAACGGAUUCAGGCGCACCUGCUGGUGGGGGUACGGAGGCAGCCAGUUCUUCAGAACCAUCUGAAGCAGAGGUGGGCGAGAGCAACUUGCAAACAGCUGCAAAUUAUUGAUAAGCAGGAGCCACAGGGUUAUAAAUGUGUUGCAACGACCUCUAAAUCCUGCCAUUCGAGUCCAAGGUGUGCUGAUAGGGAAGUAAAUUUUGACACGAGUGAUGCUGUAGCGAGGAUUCAGCAUUUGAGCUAUACAUAUACACUAGAAUGGAUUAAGUGUUGUUAGGAAUGUAUUUGUGUAAUGAAUUCUGCAAAGUAUGAUCUCAACUGCAGUUGUGUAGCCUUUCUCUUACUGUAAACUGAUCCUUUUUCAAUGUUCUGUUUUCGUUC